AUGGCAGGUCAUGAAGAGAAGGUUGACCUGCCCGACUUUGGGGAAAGCGCAUACUGGGAGGAGCAUUAUGUCAAAGCAGCUGCAGAUGGAGAGGAGGUCUAUGAUUGGCUAGUGGGGUCCAACAAGCCAGACUUCCUGUUCACCGACAAAGCCCUUGAAUCUGCGAUCGCGCCAUGGCAAGCGGUGAUGGCAUGGCGGUGUCGACGUGGACGGAGCUGGCGGAACGUUAUGACGGAUUUAUUUUCGACUUGUACGGCGUCCUCCACAAUGGCGUCCAUGCGCUACCUGGCGCGCCAGAACUGA